UUUUCAUUUCAGUCCGACUUUACAUUUUUGUUGUUUCCUCUGACGAAAUUUCAUGUCAUUUUCAUUUCAAUCAGAUUCCACUCCACUAGCCUUAAACAUCAUUCAAAGACCUAAAUGAUGUUUAAAUAAAGUGAGUCCAGCCCACUGAUUUCAAUGUACUGCAAAAUUAAGGAAGCCUCUGCGAAGUCUUGCAGGAAUUGCUUUACAAUUUCUCACUUUUCAAGUAUUUAACACUUGCAGUCCUCAAUCCUCAUACUGCGAAUUCUUGAGGCUCCUAGUUUGCAAAUCCCUAAUCAAAAUGAAGAAAAUGGUGUUAAAAUUGUCGAUCGAGAACGAGAAAAGCAAGAAAAGGGCCCUAAAGACGGUUGCAGGUGUCCAAGGGGUGGAAUCUGUCGCGGUGGACAUGAAGGAGAAGAAAAUGACUGUAAUUGGGGAAGUCGACCCUGUAAAUGUUACAUCAAAGCUCAGGAAAUUUGGAUACACAGAACUUUUGAGCGUGGGGCCUGCCAAGGAAGAGAAAAAAGAGGCUCCCCAAAAACAGGAGGCAAAGAAAGAGGGGAAAAAGCCUGAACCCGCUAAAACAGUUGUAUACGUGCACAGGCCGGAUGAAUAUACUGCUUUCAGUGAUGAGAAUCCCAAUGCCUGCACCAUUUCCUGAACAAUUGUUUUUUUUUUUCUGAUGCAGAUCUUGGUUACAACUCAAGCGCCUCCUUUAGGGUUUUGCUACGGAUUUUGGAGAAAUUCGUACUGUGUAGCUUUUUGGAAACUGUGUGAUUCCACUCGAAUAAUUGUUGUGUAAAUAACAAUUAUCAAUAUCAUAGUCGGUUUAAUAUUA